AUGGACGACCAAGAGGACGCAAAGUAUUCUUCUGGGGGCUGCUGGCGGGCCGCCAGCAGCAGCAGCAGCAGCAGCAGCAGCAGCACAGGCGAAGCGCGCUGCGUUGUGCUGGCGUUGCCCCGGGCGCUGCUGUCCGACAUCGUGAUGCGCUGCGCCGACCCCAGCGGCUUCCUGGCAUCCUGCAGCGCGCUGGGGCCGGUGGCGGCCGACCCUGAGCUGCAGUUGCAGUGGUUCCUGCGCCACAGGCCCGACCCCCAGCUGCAGCUGCCGUUUGCAGUCCUGAGCUUUGCGCUGCUGCGGGACCGGCCGUGGGCGGAGACAAUCGCCAUGAUGGAGCGCGCCCAUGAGAUUCUCUACCCAGACAACGAAAACGCGAGGCUCAAGGCUCGCAGGGCUCUCGAUGGGCCUGACCCGUAUUUGGCAGCACUCGAGCUUGCCGACGGGCGGAGUGACGAGGCGCACCCGCAGCACGUGGCGGCAUACGCAGCCGGUCCCGGCAAUGCCGACGCCGUUCGCAUGGCAUGCCGCGUGCCGCCCUAUUGGGAAAGGACGAUCCUCUGGAUAGGGGGCGAAAAGGUCUGGAUCGCACAUGUGGCGGCCGCCGCGGCCCGCGUGGCCGUCAUGCGCGGGCACGUGCACCUGGUGCCCACCCUGCUGUCGUGGCUGCCCAGCUGCAAGAGGGAGCGCCGCCUGCUGCUGCAGCACUGGGUGAAAUACGGGCACCCGGACUGUGCUGACAUGGUGAUGCACAAGGCGCAAUGCCUCAACACCGACCGGCAGCACGUGGCGUGGGCGGCCGAGCGGCGUGACCCGCUCGCGGCGCAGGUGCUUCUGGCCGUGCUGCAGAGGGCCCCGCCCCACCUUGCACCCGCGGAAUCGAGCGACCCCAGCGCCAGCAAGCAGAGGGCGCGGCUGCAGGCCCGCGGAUUCUGGUCCGACGUCCUCAAGGCCGCCAGCCUGCACGGCGGCGCCGACGACGCCGUGCUGCGCGUGCUAGGCAAGCGCGUGGCGCCGCUGGGCGCGCUGUGGCGACUGUUGUAUGGCGCAGUGCUGGGGCCGGCCCCGCCGCCGCCGCGGGGGGCUACCAACGCACGCGGCAGCGCGGGCCGUGCGUGGCAGGCUGCGGUGAGUGAGGCGCGUUUCUCGCCGCCGCCGGAGGCCUACUUUUGGCGCGUGGUGCUGCUGGUGGAGUGGCUGGUGCAGCAGGACCGGCAGCAGCAGGAGCAGCAGGAGCAGCAGGAGCAGCAGGAGCAGGAGCAGGAGCAGGAGCAGGAGCAGGAGCAGGAGCAGGAGCAGCAGCAACUGCAGGAUCAGGAGCACCAGCAGCAGCAGGAUCAGGAGCAGCAGCAGCCGCAGGAUCAGGAGCAGCAGCAGCAGCAGGCAGAGGGGAGCGGGCAGUGGAGGGACGCAACCGGGAUCUCUGCGACUGAGACAGCCGGCGUUGCAGUCCUUGAUGCAGCUGCGAGCGCCGCGUGCGAGCGGUGGUGCACGGCACACGGCCUGGACCACAACGCCUGGAUGUUUGCAGAAGAGAAUUGGGCAGCGCUGCACGCAGCCACGAGCUCCACCGCCCCAGCUGGGGAUGGCGGUGACGCGGCGCUCCACCUCGGGCCGCCCCUUGAGGCUGGCGACUCGAUGGCUGCAGGGGCGGCGGCGGCGCGGUUCAGGGCGUUGCUGGUGGCGUGGCUCAUCCAUGCCAACGCCCGCGCUGCCCGGCCACCACAGGCGGCGCCGCGGCGCGAGCUGCUCUCUGCGGAGCAGCUGCUGGAGUGCGUGAUGGCCGCGCUCGCGACCGGCCAGCCGGCGCGCGCCGACGUCCUUCUCGCGCUCGGCGGGAUCUGCGGCGUUGACAUGCGCGCGCUCCCGCCGCGGGGCAGCACGCGCCCGCUGUCCGAACUGCCCUCCAGUGCAGCCCCGUACCAGCGCAUGUGCCUGCCCGACUGCAUCGCGCGCGUGCUCUGUUGGGAGGAGUGGCCGCUCUGCAGCAUCCUGUGGUGCGCCGACCGCGGCUGGCUGCCGACAGCACAACAAGGGUCGUUCGAACGCGCCCUGCUCAAGAGCCCGGGCUGGGGCGAGGGCCUGGCGGGCGGGCGGCGCGUCGCCGAGCUGUCUAGCAGGCUGUGGCCGGCCGCGCGCCUGUGUGUGCUGGCAAAGUCGCUGCUGCUGUGGGCGGCGGAGCAGCGGGACCUCGCGUCGUGGCCGGCGCUGCAGAUGCUGGAUUGCGUACAGUGGCUCAGCAGGAACGGCGGCGGCGCUGAGGGGGCCAGGGCGUGGGUUGGGGUGCAGCGCUCAAGGUACGGCUGCGCCGAUGGCAAAUUGACCUUUGGGGAUGGUGGUGAAGGGGACGGCGCGGGCGGCGGCGGCGGCGGCGUCGGGGCAAGCGGCAGCGGGGACGGCGGCGGUGGCGGCAGCGGGGACGGCGGCGAGUCCCCGGGCCCGCUGGCGUUGGCGAUCGGCGUCCUGCUGUGGCUGCUGCACGCGCAGCAGGCCGAGGCAGUCACCCUCGGCGCAGCGCACUGCGGCGGCGACCCCGCACUCCAGUGGUGGGCGCAGCACCCGCUGCGCGACACGCAGACGCGCCUCAGCCUGGACGCCCACAGCGCAGGCGGCCGCGGUGGUGCCUGCAGCGCCGGCGGUGAGAGCUGCGGCAGUGGAUCAGGGCCCGAUGAGGUCGAAGGCGGCGACGGGCCUGUGAGUGCAGCGCCGACGCUCGACGCCCGCAGCCGCGGACUCCUGAGCGCGCUGCUCGGCGCGGCCCCGUGCGGCGGCGCCGCCGAGGGCGCGGGCAGCGGCUGCAACGUGAGCGGGGGCGGCGAGCUGCUGCUGCCGGACGCGCUUCGCGGCCUCGACGCGGCCGCGUUCGAGAUGCCCGGCCCAGACGCGCCGCCGGCCGCGCGCGCGGCGGCGUUGGAGCGCGCCUUCUGCCUGCUGGUCGCGUCGAUGCCCCUUAUCACCAGCUGA